AUGGCGAGGCUAUCCGUGAUUUCCCGCCUCACCACUUCCAAGCGUCAAUUGCAGCGCCAUCUCGGCAUGAUGAACUUUUAUCGCCAGUUCCUCCCGAACCGUGACGAUACCAUACUGCCGUUUAAGAGUCUCCUCUCUGUUCACGUACGUUCGUUCCGGUUCUCCGCAGAUGCUUACGCUGCUUUUGACAAGGUAAAGGCUACCCUGACCGAUGCCACUCUCCUGACCCAUUCUUCUCUUAACUUACAUAUCGCCCUCAUGGUUAGCGCCUCCAUUGUUGCAUUCGGCGCUGCCCUCCAAGAGCACCUUGCAGGUCGCAUCAAUCCCUAGCUUUCUUCCACAGAAACUUAUUAUCUGCCAAAUUGCGUUACAGUACACUUGGACGAGAGUUUAUCGUCGUCUACCUUGCCGUGAAACACUUCCGGCACUUCUCCGAGAGCAGAGAAUUCGCUGUGUUCACGAGCCGCCAGCCCCUUUCCUUUGUCGUGUGAUUUGCUGCAAUGAGAAAACAGGAACUGUAAGUGGGACGCCCACCGAUCGCGUUACGGGACUCGCGUAUGCCAUAGUGCCUUGGGGCUCAAUCCCGAGCCCCGCCAGUAGUCGCACUGCGGCUGGUAAUAUAGGCACUAGGUAACUACCCACACACCUGUUUCGCCGAUAUUCUGCCGCCGUAUGAUGCAGUUGAGAGGGAUUAAGUCCAACAGUGGGCCCUCAACGUUCCCCAUGUGCAUUCCAUUGCGUACUCCGGGUUUCAAAUCUCAGUAACUAAUCGUUAACUUCGUGUUAAUCAGUAAGAAUGAAGUUUUAUAGGCCCAGCCAGAAGUUGACAUGAAUAUUUGAGUCGAAAUUCAUCACCCACAGAGGAUUAGUCGAGCAACAUUCAUAAACUGGCAACAUACAGCUAGUAGUAUGCACAUAUUAUAUGAUUUUUCGUACUGUUCUCAGGUCGAAUUCUGACACAGCCAACCCCUGGGAGAUCUCCCACCUGGACUAGAUAUCCCAAUUCGCCUGAGAUAUUCGCCACCUUGACGGGUCACGAAAAGAGAUGGCUGAUGCACAGUUCGGGCCCUCUAUCGCCCAUUCCCAACUCCCUGUCGGGGUCGACUUCACUGUAAUGACUGCCGAACAUCGUCGUUUUGGUUCUCCCUGUAUUAAGGAUGGUUCCAGACGCCAACUCCAGAACCUCUCACUGACUUCUGGUGACAGGAUCAUUCUCAGCGAUGUCUCCAUCGCCUCCCACCGUCUCUUUGUGUCGCCAACCCUCCACCGCAAGGUCUCUCCUCGCUGCAGAUAUUCCUUACCCAAGGAAUUGAGCUACCGACGGAGUCGGUUCUGACCACCUCGUCUGGCCUGGGAUGCACAAGGUCCUUUUAUCUUGGACAUAAGCGUGUCUGGGCUGUCAGCGGAGUAAGGUUCAGCAGCACAACAAAGCUGCCAUUGGUACCUUCUCCGGACCCGAUGCAAGGUUCAGACAUGUACGCCUGGAUAUUAUGGGCUUCCUACCUUUGUUCAACGGCUUUUCCUGUCUCCUAACCUAUGUGGAUCGUUUCACCCGGUAACCGGAUACAGUUCCUCCGCCCAAUGUUAACGUUAAAACAGUGGUUAAGUUCUUCCUAAGUCAUUAGGUUGCCAUUUUUGUUCUCCCUCCACCGUUACGACUAACUGGGGUGCCCAAUCUGAUUAUCACUUCUCCCAGUCUCCUUUCUCUUUUCCAGGUUCUAUUCACAACCGCAUGACAGCCUAUCACCUCGCUGCCAGCAAGGUGGUCGAGCGGUUUCACCGCCACCUGGAGACCCCCCUAUGCGCUGCAGACGAUCCGAAGUACUGGAUGGACCAUCUCUCUCUGAUCCUGUUUGGAAUCCACUCCCCCCUCAAGUCGGACCUUGUCUGUUUAGCCGUUGAACUGGUUUGCGGCGUCACCUUACGACUUCCCGGUAAGAUGGUCUUACCAACUCCUGGCAGUGAGAUCGAGGAUCGCCUUGACGACAACUAUGACGGUCAUGUUUGGCGUCCUUGUUUAGGACCCCGUUGCGUCAAGGUCAUUCACCUUCGCAGCGAGCGCUUCCGGACGUGCUGA